AUGCGUCUCUUCAAGUACCUCAUUUUUGCUGCCCCCUUGGCCAUCGCGAACCCCAACCCCAACCCGGUGGCCGCACCGGCUCCUCAGUCCACCGGCGGCCUUCUCUCUGAACUUCCGCAGCUGAUCGACGGGUUGAAGGAAUUACUCAGCCAGGACACGCUGGAAGAUCUGCAGACCAUCGUCAAAGGCGGUGCGGUGCUCUUGGGCGGCGACACGCCCAAGAAUCUGCAGAAGUUGCUGUCCAGCAAGAACAUCGACAAGCUGCAGGGUCUGGUCGACAAUGCCGACACGCUGUUGACGCCGAGCUUUGUGAAUGACACUACGACGCUGAUUGAAGAUGCGACUCCUGUAAGUUUUGUUCUUUGGUUUGAGGGUCAGCUUUUGGAACUAACGAACUAG